AUAUGACGUAUGACGUGAGUAUGACGCAUUCUAAAUUCCUAUUCCUUUGCCAUUUUGUAGUCUAAUGUUUAUUAGAAUUAAACGCUAUUCUAAGAAAAUCUUUAUUUAACUUAGUUAUAUCACGGUCCACAAUAAAGGUGUGACUUUAAACAGUUGUAAGAGACAUCGUUUUAUUAUUUCCUUUUUAUUCAACGUUAAAUAAAGUGUAGAAAUGUCCGUUCCGCCAAUUUACAAUCCGGUAAUACCAUGUGUGCAUACAAUUCCCGGGGGUAUGUACCCAGGCCGUAUGAUCCGCUUUCAAGGAACUGUUCCUCCUGGUGCCCAAAGGUUCGCGAUAAACUUCCAAUGUGGUCCAAACACCGAUCCACGUGAUGAUAUUGCACUGCAUCUCAACUUUCGCUUCAUUGAGAUGUGUAUAGUGAGGAACCACUUGACUGCGAUGAACUGGGGAAUGGAGGAGACCAGCGGUGGUAUGCCCCUUGUAAGAGGGGAAUCCUUCGAGGCCCUGAUACUCUGCGAACCUCAGUCAUUGAAGGUGGCAAUCAAUGGUGUUCACUUUUGCGAGUUCCCUCACCGUACACCGUUCCAACGUAUCUCGCAUUUAACUAUUGACGGUGACGUCAUGGUCAAUUUUAUCGGAUUCGAGGGCGCGCAGCCGCCUACCCAGAUGUAUAUGUCUGAACCACCAGCAUAUGGGGCAUAUGGAGCUCCGCCCCCCGCCUACGGAGCCCCGGGGUAUGGUGGUCCUCAAGGUUUCCAAGCGGGUAUUCCUCCCAGUUCAGGCGGGUACGCUACAACAUAUGCCGCACCGCAACAGCGACAAGGGCUCGGUACGGGCGCAGCUGUAGGGUUGGGAGUUGGUGCCUUGGCGGCAGGAGGUCUCGCUGGUUACGCCCUGGGCGGUGGAUUCAGCAGUGACAGCCCUACGCGUGAGGAACCGCAAGUGGUUGGAUUCUCUGAAAGUUUCGGCGGCGACGAUUGGGCAGAGUAAUACAAGAGGCCAUAGUGUUAAUUUAAUUUGAUCAAUGUACUAUAAGCCUUACAUAAUGCCUUCGAUAUGUAACACGCGAAAAUUCUCUUGAUAAGAUUUAAAAAAAUAUUUCAAUAUUAGUGACUAUACAAAUAAUUGUUUUUAAUUAUGUCAUUGCCUUUAAAAGAUUCAUAAUUUUAAGAACCCACCAAAACGCUUCUAAGUGCAAGAUGGCGUCGCAUCAGUAUUUUGUACACACGUAAACAAAUGUCAAGUUGAUUAAGUGUUAAUUGUCAUUUUUAACUUAUCAAAGGGACUAAAAGAAACUCUAGAUCACUAUAGGAUUAGACAGGCGAAGACAUUUACAACUGGUCUGUGACAAUUGUGUCACGUGGCUGAAGUAUAAAAUCUAUAUUUUUGAUUAUGGAUUUUUUGAUAAAUUAUUGAUUAGUUAUUGUACCUCAUAUAAGUAUAACCCAUUUCUCGCUUUUAACUAAAGUACUCUUUCGUUUCUUUCUGGCAAAUUUUGUUUAGAGUUUAUGUGAAAUGAGAACCGGCGUCACCAAUAUAAUUCUGAUUUAACAAAAAUACUUUUAAUUUUUUAAAGUAUCAAGAUUCAUAUAAUAAAAAUAGUUCACUUUUCUAAAUAUCAAGGGAUUUUUCAAACUAUAAUGACGUAACAGUGUUGCCAGCAAUAAAAAGGUAAUUUAGUACUGCAGGAACCUCAAAUAUCAUAGCACAGAUUUAACUAAGGCUUAUAGUGUGUUUUUUUUAAUUUGGGAGUCUACAGAUUCAGAUAUAUAUGAGAUAAUAAUUGUAUUAUAAAAAAGCUUUGAUAAAUUAAGAAACAAUAGUCUAUAGAUGAUAUCUUUGACUAUUUUAUAAAAAACACAGUACUAUA